GAGAAAAGACGAAGCAAAAUUUCACGGGCUUCGACUAGAUCCCGAUCAAUACACAUAUUAUUACGAGUUUCCGCAUUAACCUCCCCUUUCCAAUCACCGGUGGCAGGAAAAUUCGCAUCUCUCCGAUAGGGCGGCUCGUUUCGUCCCCGCCGGUUGAGAUGAUAUCAAUGAUAGAUAGCAGAGAAUCCUUGCAAUGCUUCUAACCCUGCACCGCUGUCUUGUCUCAAUGGGUUGUUUCUGUUCUACCCCGCAGGGGAAAAAGGGUCUCAAGCCAGUCAGGCGUGAAGACCCAAGGACCCUUGCUUCCCAAACAGCUUUCAGUGUCAGUGAAGUUGAAGCACUGUUUGAGCUAUUCAAGAGCAUAAGCAGUUCCGUAAUUGAUGAUGGGUUAAUUAACAAGGAAGAAUUUCUUCUAGCUUUGUUCAAGAAUAGAAAGGAACAGAAUAUGUUUGCAAACAGGAUUUUCUCUCUUUUUGAUGUUAAGCAUAAGGGGGUCAUCGAUUUUGGUGACUUUGUUAGAUCACUCAAUGUGUUCCACCCUAAAGCUUCACUAGAAGACAAAAUCAAUUUUUCGUUCAAGCUCUAUGAUCUGGAUGGAACAGGAUUCAUCGAGCGUGAAGAGGUUAAACAAAUGUUAAUCGCGCUUUUACACGAAUCUGAGCUGAAGCUAGCUGAUGACACCAUUGAGAUAAUACUGGACAAUACAUUUUCAGAGGCGGAUAGAGACCAAGAUGGAAAAAUAGAUAAAUCAGAAUGGCACGCUUAUGUUACCAAAAACCCUUCCUUGUUGAAGAUAAUGACACUUCCAUAUCUGAGGGAUAUUACCGUAACCUUUCCGAGCUUUGUGUUCAAUUCUCAAGCUGAAGAAGAGGUUGCAACAUGAUGAGGAGGAAAUGAGGGAUUUCGGUAAUAGUAAUUUACGAAGAAAUCCUUGGUGCUACGUACGCUUGUCUACUAAUUCUAACUCAAAGAUGUGUUGAAAGAGGAGGUUUGUGGCUCGCUUUUAACCCAAC